AUGUCGUUUUUCUCUCUCCUUGUCCUCAAACCCAUUGGAGUCCUUCACAACCUGGAUUCUGAGUUUUGUUCUUCUUCCAGAUUUGCUCUUCCAGAAGAAGAUUAUGUUGAAUUCAGCAAGUUUGUUCAAGAUCGUAUAAUUGGCACAAGAAACCAUAUUGCAACAAUAUAUGAUGUUGCAACAGGCAAAAAAAUUCAGACGCUAACUCCACAAAUAUCGAACCAGUAUACAAAAAAUAAAGCAACAUUUAGUCCGACAGAUGAACUAGUACUUUCAGAUGGUGUACUGUGGGAUGUUACAUCGGGCAAAGAAAUACAUAAGUUUGACAAACUCAAUCAAAAUUUAAGUGGUGUAUUCCAUCCCAAUGGAUUAGAGGUAGUCUGUAAUACAGAAGUCUGGGAUCUUCGAACAUUUCAUUUAUUACGAACUGUCUCUGUUCUCGAUCAGUGUGAAAUUAAUUUCACAAGAGAUGGCAGUAUAAUAUAUACUCGCCUGCUUGAACAAGAGACAGAAGAUGACUUGCCAUAUGAUUCAUCGUUUAAAACUCUUGAUGCAUUUGACUAUUCGUGUAUAGCAACAAUUGAUGUAAAGAAGAAUGUGUAUGACUUGGCCUGCAACAAAAGUGGAACCCAGAUCGCAAUUGUUGAAAACCAAGGUGUCCUAGACUCCGUGGAGGAGUCAUUUGUAAGAGUGUAUGAUGUGGGCCGAAGAAGAGAUGAUGAAGAUGAAGCUGCAAAUGUGGAGGAAGAAGAGGAGGAAGAUGAGUUAGAUGGCAGUGACGAUGGCUCGGCAUCACAGUCAGGUUCUGAUGAUGAGCAGCAGGAUGGAAAUGGAGGUGCAGCAGGAGGUGGUGGGGGCAAUGGAGGGGGUGGUGGUGGCGCAGCACCAGCAGGGGGGGCAGGUGAGAACAAUGGAAAUGAUGGUGACAACGGAAAUGAGAACAAUGCUGAGGGUGGAGCAAGUGAUUCAGAUGACGAACUAAUCCUCACACUUUCAGAUAGUCCAGAUACUGAUGACCUUGACGAAAUAUGGUUCCCGUGAUGAUUGUGUAUAAAAAUACUUAUUUUUUAGUGAAAUGAAAUUUCAAUGCAAUUUGUGAAUAAAGUGCCCUAAACGAUCGUGGAUUGAAUAUGACAAGUGAAGACUGGUUGGAAUGACUUUUUGUAACACAUUGUGUUGUGAAAUGCAGUGAUCAGCAAAAAGUUGUCUGUGGAUUACUUUAGAAAUUAUGUUGGACAGGUCUGGGAUAUGAGAGUAUUCAAGACGUAUUAAAUGUUACUGACAUGUAAAAAUUGAGAUUUUUGUGACCAUUAAGGUCUUAUUUUAGACAUUGCCAGUACAGCUAGAACCAUAAAACCAGAACUGUACAUAAGACAAUGAUCAUGUUCCUGUAUUUAGGAAUGUUGUACUGAAUCUACAAUGUAAAAAUGUGGCAUACUAUAUCAUGCCUUCAGGUGUGAAAUGAUGCCAUUUGUGUUUGAUUGUAACGCCCAUUUGUAAUACAUUUUAUUUCAAAUAUUAUAUUUAUGUUUUUCAUACAA